GGAAAACGUCAACCCAUUGUGUUGGCAGCAGUACUCCGUAAUGUGCGGUGCUUCGAUUUGAAAUUUUCUCUAUUGCAUGAGGCCAUCUUUCAUUCUCAAGAUGGCCCAGCCAUCAGGAAAGGUCCUCGAGGGUGUCUUUGCAAUCAGCAAGCCACCCAGCAUCUCUUCCGCUCAAGUCCUUCGAGAUCUGCAGCACAAAUUUGCAGAGUCUAAAACCUUUGCCCCCCUGCUCGACAAGACAAGAAAAACACUAGAAGAACAAGAGCGACACCAGCCAAAGCGCCGGAGAAAGAGUAAUGACCAGAUAUUCAAGAUGGGCCAUGGUGGCACCCUGGACCCUCUGGCAACUGGUGUCUUAAUUGUUGGACUCGGCAGAGGGUCCAAAUCUCUUUCCGACUUCCUCGGUUGCAAGAAGACAUACGAGACGGUUGUUUUAUUCGGGAAGAGCACCGACACCUACGACAUUAUGGGGAAAAUAGUGGCAGAGUCUCCAACUGAAAGCAUCACUAAACAGGUAGUCGAAGACAGACUGACAGGAUUUCGGGGCAAAAUGAAACAGAUACCGCCGAUUUACAGCGCAAUUAAGAUUGAUGGCAUGAAGCUGUACGAGUAUGCUCGAAGCGGCAGGGAAUUACCCAGAGAGUUAGAAAGCCGGGAUAUCGAGGUCUCCGACUGCACACUGCUUGAUUUUUACGGCCCCGGAGAGCAUGACUUCAGGUGGCCGGCAGAGGAAGCGAGCGACGAGGAAAAAGCUGUGGCCCGGAAGCUUAUGGCCGGAGCCGAAGCGACAAAGAAGUCCAUGCAGCAAGAAGCAGCGCCUACCAGCCCCAGAAGCCCUUCUAAUGGGAGGUACCGAGAACAACGCGAAAGCAACAACCUAUCCCCCGACAAGAAAGCUGAGCUGCAUACUCACCAUCUUCCGACACAGGAAGCUCGACCUGCCAAUGCCCCAGCGGCUCGCAUCCGCCUGACCGUGAGCAGUGGCUUCUACGUGCGUUCAUUUGCACAUGAUCUCGGUGUGGCUUGUGGCUCCUAUGGGACAAUGGCGGCACUGGUCCGAAGUAAGCAAGGCGACUACACCACCAUCGACCCUCCUCCAGACGGCUUCGUGCCUGCCCUCACAUACAACGAUCUGGAAGCCGGCGAGGAUGUGUGGGGCCCAAAAAUUGUCGAAGUACUGGAGAAAUGGAUGGAGAAGCAUCCUGCUUCUUCCAACGACAAUAGGCCCGACAACCGCGAUCGAUCAAAUAGAGAUUAUCACCCCAAGAGGUUCAAUGGUGGCGGGCGGGAGGACAACCGGGCUAAGAGGAGUUGGACCGGUCAGAGACGUUGGGAAGGGCCAAGUAGAUCGAGACGGCGCAACAGCUCGUCACCAGAGCUAUGAGCUCCUGGCUAUGUAGGGAGGACAAGGCAAUUGGCACCAAUGCACAUCUAUCUGCAAAUACCAAACA